UUUAAUUUCUAGCUGAUCUAAUUUUUUAUUUUACUCUCGUCUGAAUUGAGUUUAUGAUUUUGGUUUCUGACUCACCAAUGGCGAUUCUCUCUCUACGAUCUUCAAGCUCAUUGCCACUCAUUUGUUCCACGAUUUCUCCUAUGUGCUCGAAACCCCUGUCUCAAUUACCAUCGAAUUUCUCAUCCUCGAUUGCUUCGGUCCCUUUCACCAAAUUAAAAUCCAGUUACAGUUCCGUUUCACCGAUUAGUAGACCCCGUAUGGUUUCCGCGAGAGCUGCCACUGAGUCCAUCACUGAUUACAGAGAAGAUAUCGGGGAGAUUCUCGGAGAUGUCUCCAUCUUUACUGCUUCAGGGCAACGCGUGCAAUUCAGUGAUCUCUGGGAUCAGAAAGAUGGAAUUGCUGCCGUUGUACUUUUGAGGCAUUUCGGAUGCGUUUGCUGUUGGGAACUUGCUACUGCUUUGAAAGAGGCUAAACCAAGAUUUGAUGCUGCUGGUGUUAAAUUGAUAGCUGUUGGUGUUGGAACUCCUGAUAAGGCUCGUAUACUUGCAACUCGGUUACCUUUUCCCAUGGAAUGUCUUUAUGCGGAUCCUGAACGCAAGGCAUAUGAUGUUCUUGGUUUAUACUAUGGUUUAGGCCGGACUUUCUUCAAUCCAGCUAGCACCAAGGUCUUCUCAAGAUUUAACGAGAUUCGAGAAGCUACAAAGAAUUACACCAUAGAAGCCACUCCUGAAGACAGAAGCAGUGUGUUGCAACAGGGAGGUACGUUUGUGUUCAGAGGCAAGAAACUGUUGUACGGUCGAAAAGACGAAGGCACUGGAGAUCAUCCAUCUCUCGAUGAUGUCAUCAAUGUCUGCUGCAAAGCCACUGUUGCUUGAAACAUAUUGGAUCAAAGUCUCUGGUUUGUCUUGAUACUUAAAAUCACUGUAUAUUUGUAGCUAUGAAAUAGUGUCUAUGUUUCUUAAGUUUUGGAUAAAGUAUCAACACUCAGAAGUAAGAGCAACAUAUGUCCAAGUCCAAUCUCUCUCAUAUAGAUUACUCGCUGGAUAAGCUCAUUUAGAUUUGCUAAGAUGUCGACAAUUCAUUGAAACCACACAAGUCUUUUCUAAUGUAAGACAAGACAAGACAAGUGUUUGGUUUGUUAUUAGAAUAAAAUUUGUCGUUCUCACUA